CUGUCGGCUCCCUCACCUUUCCCAACUCUUCCUCCCUGUCCCCGCCGUCUUCGUUGCCAGUUCGUUCGUCUGUCCGCUCGAUCCGUCGUACUGCGCUCCGUCGCCAAGCCGUCGCAUUCCUUAUUCUGGAAUUCGAGGGCGCGGCGGCCACUAAUUGCGGAGACAGCUGGCCCAUUUGAAAAGAACUGACGGACGAAAUGGCGGCGAUUCAGCAGCUGCUGUCAGGCGCCUUGGGAGCUCCGUGCUCGUUACAGUCACAGCUGGCAGGUGAUGCCGUGCCCUCUCGCUCCCACGCGAAGCCUUCGAGAGCAGCGUUGACGCGCUCCGUCUCCUCCCAGCAACAAGGUUCCGCGUCCGCGUCCGCGUCAGCAUCUCUGUCGGCUGCCGCACCGGCUGCAUCAUCGCAUGCGGGCCGCCGUGGGAAGUCGCUUCGUUGCAGAGCGCAGGCAGCGGGCGGAGAGGCAGCGCCCUCCCCUAACCAGCAAAAACUGCAGGGCGAGGUGCUGGGGCAGCUGCGCCGCAUCCUGGACCCGGACCUGGGCGCGGACAUUGUGUCGUGCGGGUUCAUCAAAGAGCUUACCAUCGACGAGGGCGAGGGCGCUGUGUCGUUCAACAUGGAGCUCACCACGCCCGCCUGCCCAGUGAAAGACUCUUUCGAGUCGCAGGCACGUGAGUACGUGGGCUCGCUGCCAUGGGUCAAGUCAGUCUCUCUCAAGAUGACAGCUCAGCCGCCCAAGCCGCUUGUGGCUGAGGAGGUGCCGCGUGGGCUGCAGAAAGUGGCCAACAUCAUCGCCGUGUCCAGCUGCAAGGGCGGAGUGGGCAAGUCCACAGUGGCGGUGAACCUGGCGUACGCGCUGCACGGCAUGGGCGCCAAGGUGGGCAUCUUCGACGCCGACAUCUACGGGCCCAGCCUGCCCACCAUGGUGUCGCCCGACCUGCGCGUGCUCCGGAUGGACGCGGAGACGCGGGAGAUCUCCCCAACGGAGUAUCUGGGCGUUAAGCUCGUCUCGUUUGGCUUUGCUGGCCAGGGCAGCGCCAUCAUGCGCGGGCCCAUGGUGUCGGGCGUGAUCAACCAGCUGCUCACCACCACGGACUGGGGCGAGCUGGACUACCUGGUCAUCGACAUGCCGCCCGGCACGGGGGACAUUCAGCUCACGCUCUGCCAGGUGGUGCCGCUGACAGCAGCUGUCAUCGUGACGACGCCUCAGAAGCUCGCAUUCAUCGACGUGGCCAAGGGCGUGCGCAUGUUCUCCAAGCUCAAGGUGCCGUGUGUGGCGGUGGUGGAGAACAUGGCGUUCUUUGAGGCGGAGGGGAAGCGCUUCUUCCCCUUCGGCAAGGGCUCGGGCAGCGAGGUGGUGGCGCAGUUUGGCAUCCCGCACCUCUUCGAGCUGCCCAUCCGCCCGGAGCUGUCAGCGGCGGGCGACAGCGGGCAGCCCGAGGUGGUGGAGGACCCGCAGGGGCUGGUGGGACGCACUUUCUCGGAUGUUGGGGCGUGCGUGGUGCAGCAGUGCGCCAAGCUGAGGCAGCAGGUCGCCACCGCAGUGCUGUAUGACGAGACCCUCAGGGCCCUGCGAGUGAAGCUUCCAGGAAGCGACGAGGAGUUCUUCCUUCACCCGGCAACAGUUCGGCGCAACGACCGGUCGGCACAGAGCAUUGACGAGUGGACGGGGGAGCAGAAACUCCAGUACAGUGACAUCAACGAUGACAUCAUCCCGGAGAGCGUGCGGCCAAUGGGCAACUAUGCUGUCGCCAUCGUGUGGCCCGACGGGUUCAGCCAGGUGGCACCUUUUGACCAAUUGGAGGAGAUGGAGCGCAUUGUGGACGUGGAGGGGCGGAGAGAAGCUGUUGCUGCGUGCGAGCAGAAGAAUGGAGCUGGGGCUGCUGACGUGGCGCCUGCUGCAGCCGUGCAAUCUGAGCUGGCAAGCAAAGGUGCCAAGUCGUCUGCUGCGACGUCAGCAGCAGCACAAAUCCUGGCACAUGCAAGGACUUUGAAGGAAUAAUGAGUUGAAAAUAAGUUACUUUCUAGCCGGAAUGAGUUCAUGUUUCGUAAUGGUUUGAAUAAGAUUUAAAAGGAUAGCGUGGUGGCCUUAAUCGAAGCAAAAGUCAUGCAUGCAUUACUUGAAUUAACAAUAAUUAUAGGUGUAUCUCUUUAUAUAUGUGAGUUAUGUCGGUGGAC